UGUGCUAUACAAUGUAAAAUCUAAAUGAAUUUAAUAUAUUAAUUUGUAUAUUUAUGUACGAAUCCAUGUUUAUGAAUCGAUGAAAAAAAAAAAUAGGAAAUGAAUGAAAAAGCAUAAUUCGUUUCCUCCCACACACACAUGAAAACAAGUGUACAGGCAAAUGGUGUGAGAAUCAUUUUUAGUAAUGACGUUUGAAUUGGUAUUUGUACAUGUUUUGGGUUCGAAAUUAAUUUUGUAAAUCUUUGUAAUAGUUGUUGUUGUUUUCGUUGAUUGAACAAAACUCAACAAAACUACACACAUCGUCCUCUAUAAAAACGUGCUUUAACCUGCAGCUGCAAAAAAGUGUUAAAGGUGUUGAAGACUUUAAUUUGACAAAGUCUGGGUCUUUAUUGAAAAGAAUUCGAUGCAAGUGGUUUGUGAUACUGGGUCGUCGAGCAGCUUAAUGCCACUAUCACUGAUCAACAUUUUAAACAAUAAAUGGGUUUGGCUUGAAGCAAAUGGAAGAAUCUUCAAGAUACGUUUCGCAAAAGCUAUGGAAGUCCACAACAUGUACAUUAUGAGUGCAGCGCGGUAUGCUUCAAGUUGGGGUCCUUAUAAUGAAGUGCUGUGUUUAAACAAGGUCUCAAAACGAAUUGAUAUAAAAUGUUUGUUGCUAGUUCAUUGAUUCAAGGGAAUCAAUUAAAUAAUUUUACUCGUAACUGGUUUGCCUUGAAUUAGCUUCAAUUAAGAGAGUUGGUAGCCGCAAGUGUUUAAAGAAUUUCAAAACGUAUAUUUAUUCUAUUUUGGAAUUUUCGAAUAUAUAAAUAUUUCGCACAAGAUCCGGUGAUGUGGGACAUCCCCCGCAGCGGGAAAUGCAACAACUUCAACGUUAUAUACCGUCUGUAUCUGAUCUAUAUGGAACGGACGAGAUAGAACUCCUUCUGGACGAAAUACGUGAUCUUGAACCGGUCUGCUGUCAGCUCGAUGAUGAGCAGGAUUUUGAAAUAGCUGGCAGCAGGGCUGGAGAACUUUCAUUACCCUUAGAGUCGCCGCUGGGAACGUGCACGUCAUGGGACUCGCACGCCAAUUAUAAACAACGCAGCGGCCAAACGCCACUGCCAUGGGGCGUAGCCCUUCACUGUGAUCCGCAACAUUUGAAAACGCCUACAGGGAUUGUGCGAAUUCUGUUGGUGUUAUCCUCCGCCGCUUGUUUAGCUUGCGAAUGUUCCGCAGGCACAGUUCAAGUUGGCCUCUUUUUACUGCCACUUAUUGGACGAUUAAGGUUAAUGGUCUUCUGUGCGCUUUUCUCAUUCCUCAUUACUUGUCUAAUGUUAUUUCUUGACAUUUCACAUAUAGCACUGAUGUUUCCAUUUAAUUGGACUAAAAUUAAUACGUGGAUGUAUCUGACUAUUGGUUUAAUAUUUAUUGUGAGCUCCACAUUGUUAAUGCACAUGAUCUUGUUUGCUGAAGAAUUUACUUGGGUAUCUAAACAUUCGAAAGAUACAUUGUUUACUUCAGCUAUAAUUGGCUGUGUUUGUGCUGUUGAGGCAGUAAUACUUUCAGCUAUUGCUUCAUGGCCUUGGUCACAGUAUCGUCAAGUUCCAGAUGAUGGCAGCGAAAUAUACAUCGAAGAUCGUGAAAUGACACCGAUCAGUCCAAUGGAUAGUGCUGGCAUGCCGAUUAAUCUUCAUCACAACUGUAACAGUCGCAAUAAUAGCACGGCGCACAGCGAAUCAAAUCAUCAUAAUCAGUACAGUCGAAUACCGUCACCGUCGUCCUAUAAUCAACAGCCUUAUAUACCUGGCAACAAUGGAAGGUGAAAUGCACCGUCUAUGACUAAACUCGAGAAGCAACGCAUGGUAAAAUGUAAACUAAUCAAGGCCUGAAUUCAAUACACAAUUUACAAGACAUGCAUAGAAAUUAUGUUAGAACAUAUACAUCUGAGCAGAUUUGCUUCGAAUAUAAUUAUAUAUAAUAGAAUAUUCUCUUUUAUUUUAUACAUAAUGAAAGGUUUCUUUGUUUGCAAUUAACACUUUCAAUAAAAAUGUUAUUUAGUAACAAUAAGCAUAUAUACAUAUUGUUCACUUUAAUGGAAUAAUUUGAGUUAAACU